AUGGACCUGCCGAAUGUUGGCCAAGCUUACCCGGACAACUGGCUUUUGCAUCAAGUCAUAAAGUAUCCUAUCAUAGAAAUCGACACCAAAAAUUACACGAGCGACGAAUGUCCAACUGUACACUGCACUGAUGCCAUCACUGAAAAUUCUUUUGAAGAGAUGCUCCAACCUGCAUUUUCCGGGUCGGAAGCAUCUGCGGAUCACAUUCAAUAUUUUGUUAAGAAGUGCAGUGAUAUUACUGAAAUAUUUUAUGUUAAAAGUAGUAGUCCGGGCAGCAAGAGAUUAACAGCCUUUGAGAUUUUAUUAAAGACGUUAUCUCGUGGACAACUUGAGUUCAGCAAUGCUGUAUAUGGAAACCCCCAGUUCUUGAUACUUAACAAGGAUGGUAAGUACCGGAUGUUGAUUGAUUUACGAGAGUUGAAUAAACAUGUUGAGUUGGAAGGAGGCCAUCCUCAAUUAACUACUAACCAAUUAACUAUGGAAUUGCGCGGUCACUUGUUUAACACACUUAUUGACGUGAAGGAUUAG